GGGAGGAGAUUUACUGCAACACCAAACCUUCCGUUAGUAAGUGCAGGACUGUUUGCUUUAACACAGGGACCGGUUCCUCUGGCUGGCGCUUCCACCUGAAGACUCAGAAGCUGUACUGUUGGGGAGAGAGUAGUGUCAAGAAGAACCAAAGGAAUUCCCCUAAGAGACUGGGGCCCCGCCUCCUGGAUCACACCUUGUCGAAGUGCUGUGCCUUUAAGGUCUUUUGGGGGCGGGUUGUCAGCCACCCGCCCUCAUUCGCUGACAGCCCGAGCGCGGGUGGCUGGAACUCGGAGUUUAGAGAAGAACUUGCAGGGUGACGGAGUCGCGCCUCUGCUGUGUUCCUGAUCCGGUGGGGCCAUGCCCGACACACACUGAGCGCGUGUAGCGCCGGCUGCGGGAGGGCGAGGCGCACGCCGUGUCGGUCAUGGGCAGCUUCCAGCUGGAAGACUUUGUGGCAGGCUGGAUCGGAGGUGUGGCCAGUGUCAUUGUUGGGUACCCUCUGGACACAGUCAAGACUCGCCUGCAAGCUGGUGUCGGCUAUGCGAACACAUUCAACUGCAUCCGCAUGGUGUACAAGAGGGAGCGUGUGUUUGGCUUCUUCAAGGGCAUGUCCUUCCCCCUGGCCAGCAUCGCCAUCUAUAACUCGGUGGUGUUCGGGGUCUUCAGCAACACCCAACGGUUCCUCAGCAAGUACCGCUGUGGGGAACUCGAGGCUGGCCCUGGCCGAAGUCUGUCUGAUCUGCUCCUGGCUAGCAUGCUGACUGGUGUGGUCUCUGUUGGGCUGGGCGGGCCCGUGGAACUCAUCAAGAUCCGACUGCAGAUGCAAACACAGCCAUUUCGGGAAGCUAGCCAUGGAUUGAAGUCCAGGGCGGUGGCAGCAUACCAGGGACCAGUGCACUGCAUUGCAACCAUUGUGCAGAUGGAGGGCCUGACAGGGCUGUACCGGGGAGCCAGCGCCAUGCUGCUGAGAGACAUCCCGGGAUAUUGCUUCUACUUUAUUCCCUAUGUGUUCCUGAGCGAGUGGAUCACACCUGAGGCCUGCACAGGGCCCAGCCCCUAUGCAGCUUGGCUGGCAGGGGGCAUUGCAGGGGCAAUUUCCUGGGGGACAGCAACUCCAAUGGAUGUCGUGAAAAGUCGAAUCCAAGCAGAUGGGGUCUAUUUAAACAAAUACAGAGGAGUCGUGGACUGCAUCUCCCAGAGUUACCAGCAAGAAGGCUUUAAGGUGUUUUUCAGGGGCAUCACUGUGAAUGCUGUGCGCGGCUUCCCCAUGAGUGCGGCCAUGUUCCUCGGGUAUGAGCUCUCACUGAAGGCGCUCCGGGGAGAGCACACUGUGAGAAGCGAAUGAGGUAUCAGGGACUCCUCCUCCAGGAAGGCAGCUUGAUUCUUUUGCUGAGAUGUGGUCUACCUACUAAGGACCACCCCCUAGCUGCCCCGGUUGCCCUGCUUUCUUCCCAGUGGAUGGCCCUGGACAACAGGUCUCCUCUCUCCACCCUUUUCAUGAUGGUGACUCAGCACUGUCUCUCCCCGCUGUUGCUGCUCCUUCCUGGGCUCUAAUGUGUCACUUGCCAAGCUCCAAAGAUGGAGGGAAUCGGUCACUGGAUUUUCACAUCAGCGAGAAGCCUGUUACUCUGCCUCCGUGGCCAACCAGUUCUUCCAAGGAGGAUGGCCACCAUUAGGGAAGCCUAGAAGCCCUGACUUAUAUCCUCCAACCCCACACUGCAGGGGCUGCUGGGAAGCACAGGCAGACAGUGCAGCAUGCUGGGUCCUAGAUGCAAGCAGAGAGGGCCCGCAGCCAGGCUGACCACAGAGAACCUAGAAGCUGGCCUUAAAUAAACCUUUGCAGCCUUUCACUAGAAUUCCAACACUCACAGCUUCGCCGGCUCUUUGCCCCCUUUAUAUAAAAUAAAAAGAGGGUAGUUGCACAUUUCACAAGAUUAAAGCUCUUGGUGAAGCGUCCUUGUGUUUGGAUGAAGUCCAGGUCAAGGCAGGGCAGAGCAGAACCACAGUUUCGUUCCUAAUGCUGUGUACAGACAUCCCCCGCCCACCCCACCCCCACCCCCACUAGAUCUCCAACAGGGAAAAAUAAAUGUUUUAAAUCCUGCAACAAAA